UUUCGGUGUCAGUACAACUCGCGCAUGUUAUACUGAGCACUCUAGACCUCCGGAGUCCAAAUUCGGCGGAUAAAUGAACGUAACAAGUGUCCUGGAUCGAGUUUUAGUGCCAUUUUGUCGACUUUUUCUCGUUAUAGUAUAAGUUUUAACGAUAUUUUUGAGAUUCACACUGUGAAAGUGUAGUUUUUAGUGACUUAGUUAACACAUGUGUUCAUAAUUUACUAACAAGUGAUGUCAAGUGCCAAAAUAAGUUUAUAAAUAAGAAAAUGGAAGAGAAAAUCACACACAGUGGGUUGUUGGCUCGUAGUCCGGAAGGACAUGCGGCGCGCGGUAUGCAAAUCAAAGGAAAUGAAGAUCUUUGGGUGGAUAUACAAGCCAAUACUUUCAGGAAUUGGGUUAACGAGCACCUCCCACAUGAUUUGAGAGUAGCAGAUUUAUCUAAAGAUUUAUGUACAGGAGUUAGACUUUGUGCUUUAGUCGAAUCGCUGAGAAAGAAGCCAUUGAAACCAAGUUGGAACAGAAGGCCUACUAAUCAACAUCAUUACCUAGAAAAUGUAACUUGCGCCCUCAACGCAAUAGAAAAAGAUGGUAUCAAGCUCGUUAAUAUAGGUAACACGGAUAUAGUGAAUGGAAAUUUGAAACUCAUAUUAGGUCUGAUAUGGUCCCUCAUCGUCCACUACCAGAUCGGAAGAUCCAAAUUUCCUCCACGAAAAUUGAUGUUGGCGUGGCUGCAAGCCGUUCUUCCAGAAUGCAAAGUUGGAAAUCUCACCACCGAUUGGAAUUCUGGAAUACUCCUUUCAGCUCUCGUCGAUUAUUGUAAACCUGGACUGUUUCCUCAUUGGAAGAAAUUAGAUCCGUCACAAGACAUAGAAAAUUGUCGCCGUGCCAUGGAUAUCGCUCAAAAAGAUCUUGGAAUUCCGGCAGUUCUAGAACCGGAAUAUUUAGCUUCACCUUGGCUAGAUGAAUUAUCAGGUAUGACUUACCUUUCGUAUUUCAUGAAACCAGGCUCUCCCGGCUUCUACGCAACAUUGAGGUGGGUCAAUUCUAGAUUGGAACGGCCCAUAAACAAUUUUACGACUGAUUGGAAUGAUGGUAAAGUGAUAAGUGAGAUUAUUAGGUCAUUGGGGGGGUCAGCUGCCGCUCCGGAGAAGCUAAGAUCUGAUCCUUCGUAUUGGGAGUACAACCAGACUCAGGCAGUGGAAGCAGGUAGACGUUUAGGUGUCGAACCAAUUCUAUCAGCAAGAGAUAUGGCCGAUGCUCACGUUGAACAUUUAGGUGUUAUGGCGUACGCUGCUCAUUUUCAAUGGGUACCUGAAAGACCACCGCUUCACGAUCUCAUCAAUGUUCAUCUCAAUUCGACAUCUGGAAGAGUUGGAGAACCUACCUACUAUCAAGUGACUCUCCAUGAUUCUUCUCUAUCAUAUUCAAGCUUAUCGACCGAAAUACGAGGACCCGACAAUAAAAUUUAUUUAGGAAACAAGCUUCAACAAGGAAAAGGCACUUUUAUUCCGUCCAAAGUGGGCAUGCAUGAAAUUAUCGUUAAAUACGAUGAACAAGAAGUACAAUCAGGUCACUAUUUUAGAGUUCUGCCUCCAUUAGUGGAAGUGGCGCCUCCUGGAAUGGCGCCGUGUGCUUUAGGAUCCUUAGUACAAGUUCUAGUAAAUGCGACAGGUGCGCCUAGAAAAGAAGACAUCUUAGUUACAGCGUAUAGCCCAAGCGGAAGACCGUUGAAUUGUCCACUUAAAGUUAUAGAUGGCGUUAACAGUGCUACAUUUAAGCCCGACGAACCAGGAGAAUGGAGAAUAGAAAUAACAUAUCAAGGGAAACAAAUUCAGGGUGGACCGUUUACCUGUUCUGUUUUCGAUCCGAAUGGUGUCCAAGUAUCCGGACUUGAAGGAGCUUUACCACUCAUACCACACGCUAUAGACGUUGAUUGUAGAGGUGUCGGAGUACCUGGAGAAGUUUUUGCCGAUAUUGUACACGAUAAGCGAUCCGUCCAUUGUCAUGUGGAAAAACUGGAUAAUUUUCAUUAUAGGAUACAUUUUACUCCUAAAGAUGCAGGUAAACACAGAGUGUACGUGUAUUUUAAUGGUUAUGAUGUCAAAGGUUCUCCGUAUAUGAUGAGAGUAGGUACUCAAAAACGUAUGAAAUCGAGUAGCAGUCCUACAUCUAAUUACAGAACAAGUCCUACACAUCGAAUGAACAGUUCCAGUCCUAGUUUGUCUACUCCUACAAAAAAUACGACUUACUCCAGUUAUAGACAAAAUGCAAGUCCAUUGUUGGAAGAAACCCACAAAUAUGCCCAAGAUUAUCACAUGAAAUCAGUUGCCGAGAAAAGACUAACUUCUAGUUCACCUAUAUAUCAAGAUAGAACUCCCAAUUAUAGUCCUAAUUAUACCCAGAGGAAUCACAGCCCGGUGUACAGGACUGCCAGUCCCAAUUUUCACCCACCUAGUCCUAAUUAUCGUCCAACCAGUCCAAUUCACGGAAGAGAUAGUCCGGAUUAUAUAUCAAGCCGGAAAUUGAACGAAAAGAGAUACGAUUUUACCAACAAGAUGUCAUCUAUGCGAUUAGAAGACUCCAGAAGUCCGAAUUAUUUAGAUAGAAACAGUCCUGAUGUAGGUUAUAUAUCAACUUCGAGAUACGAUAAACGCGUAUCCGAAAAUAAAGUUUUCAGUAACUCUCCAUCGAACGGCGUAGACACGAGUCCAAUCGUCAAAGUUUCUUCCAUCAACGAUCAGUCGUCAGCCAGAAGGGAUUCCUGGGACGCCAUAGCAAAAACCAGAAAUAUAUUGUCUGAUAGAAGUUUGGAGUCACUAGCUAAUUUAACAGAGUCUCAAUUAGAUACGGAGUUAAGAAGAAGGAAAGCCGAAGAGCAUUCGAAAUUUAUUUUAAAAGAACAAAGUUUUCAGAAGAGUUAUAAGGAGGAUUAUACGUCGAAGAAGUAUAGUGAAAGUUAUGGUAGAAGUUCACCGGUAUAUAGUCGAAUCCGAAAAGAAGGGGGCGCGGCUUCGGUUAGAGUUCAACCUGUACCUGACGGCGUCUUGGGACAGCCGGUGGAAUUUGAAAUUGAUGGUAGCGGUGCUGGUUCUGGUGAUCUGGAAAUUCUAGUUGAGGGCGGUCGCGUCACGUCCAGUGUAAAAAGUCUUGGUGGUCAAAGGUUUAAGGCUGCGUUCACUCCACAUCAAGCUCUACCUCACAGAGUCGAUAUACGAUUCAACGGCGAGACUGUUCCAGGAAGCCCGUGGCAUGUCAAAAUCAUGUCCAACAAUUCUGCCCUUUCCGUUCUCGGCGAGGCGACCCGUCUAGUGCCUGCCAACACUCCUGCAAUAUUCGAAAUAAUAACUCCAACUUCGACACCGCCCUCGGAUCUUAGAGUACACGUCGUAGCACCCUCAAAACGUGUCGUUCCCGCUCGCGUUUUACCUGGAAACAGACUCGGUGUUCAUAGUGUAGAAUUUGUGCCUACCGAAAUAGGUACCCAUUUGAUCGAUGUGUCUGUCGACGGGGAAAAAUUACCAUCGGGACCUCUGGUCGCGAAGGUAUAUGAUUCAGGUUUGAUUCAAGUGGCGGAUGUCGGAGGAGGAGUUGUAGGACAACCUGUACAAUUCAGAGUGGACGCAAGUCAAGCAGGCGAAGGUCAACUAGAGAUUUCAAUAAACGAAGGAGAAGUGCCCAAUCACGUUCAAGUUGUAGGAGGAGGAAGAUGUUUAGUUUCGUUUACACCCGAUCAAGCCAAACCCCAUCUAAUAGAUAUUAAAUUUAACGGAGAAACCGUUCGAGGAUGUCCCUUCGUUUGCCCUGUUUCUGAUACGAGUAGAGUAACGCUUUCUUUAACUCACUUAGAACUAAUACCGGUUAACCAACCGAGUUCGUUUCAUAUGGGAGUUGCUGGGGGAGGAGCCGCGGAAUUAGCCGUGGCUGUUCGAGGACCUAUAGGGGAGUUACCUGUGAAAGUUACAGGAGAUAUACAUUCCGGUUUUACGGCGGAGUUUACGCCGAUUCAAGUCGGUGCGCAUCAAAUCAGCGUGGAUUACAAUGGGAGACCCGUUCAAGGAACACCUUUUAUUGCCAAAUCGUUCGAUUCGAACAAGGUCACAGUUGGUACAGUAGCCAGAGGUACUGUAGGUCGCCCGGUUACAUUUUCAGUAGACGCCUCCGAGGCAGGCGAAGGUAAUUUAGAAAUCACAAUCUCCGCUAGAGGUUUGAACAUUCCUACACAAGUACACCCUCAAGGUAAUGCAAGAUUUGCCGUCAGCUUCGUUCCUGCAGAAGCUUGUGAUCACGUAGUUAACGUCGCGUUUAAUAAACGACCCGUAGUCGGCUGUCCUCUGAUAGUGAAUGUUGGAGGUAGUGGAACCGGUCCGAGCGUUACGCUACCGGGACCCGGACCGGUACAUCGACCAAGUACUCUAUUAAUUAACCAUCCUGGAAGACUAGAAGAUAUCGAAGUCAAUGUUGAGGGCCCUGGUGGCCAAGCUGUACCCACGCAAGUUCAGCCUUUAGGAAGUGGACAAUUUAGAGCAGAGUUCGUACCGAGAGUUGUUGGAGAACAUCGCGUAAACGUCAGCGUCAGUGGAGUACCUACCGUUGGAAGUCCUUAUGCUGCAAAAGUUUAUGACGUACAAGCUAUUAAAAUAAAAGAAGCUGCAAGCGGAAUUGUUGGAAAGCCAGUAACAUUCUUAGUGGAAACAAGUCAAGCGGGUCCUGGAAACCUUGAAGUGACAGUAAAUGGAGGUCUGGUACCUACAUCUGCUCAAGCACAAGGUCCGCAUACUUACGCUAUUUCUUUUACACCUAGAGAAGCGACCGUACAUUCAGUAGAUCUUCGAUUUAAUGGACAAGAUGUUCCUGGGAGUCCUUUCAAGUGUUCCGUAUCUCCUUCAGCUAGAAUUCUAUCUCUUGAAACACUAGACAAAGUUUCAGUAGGAAAACCAUGUACGUUUGUUGUAGAAAGUCCUAAUCCACCAACUGUAGAAAUUUUAGGACCAGGUAGAAGAGCUUUAAUUACAAAGGUACAUCCACAAGAAAACACAGUUGGAAAAUUCGAAGUCACGUUCACACCAAUAGACGUAGGGGAUCACAGCGUUGAGGUACGUCUACAAAGCGGACAUAUAGACGGCAGCCCGUUUCUCAUCAAAGCAUACGAUGCAAAUAGAGUCACAGUCACUGAUAUUACUGACGGACUGGUCGGCAAACCUGUCUCUUUUAGUAUAAAUGCUUCUCAAGCUGGUGCUGGAAAUUUGGAGAUAAUCGUUGCCGUAGGAGGAAGGAACGUACCAAAUUUCGUUCAGAGUGAAGGAAACGCUCGGUUCAAGGUUAAUUUCAAACCUACGGAAGCAGCUACUCAUACCCUUAGCGUUAGGUUUAAUGGACAACCGGUACCAGGAUCUCCUUUCAAUUGUAAAGUGAGUCCGGGAAACACACAACCUAGAGUACCCGUAUCCGGCAGUGGUAUUGAACUGGCAGCAGUUGGUCAUCCAGCUGAAAUAAAAAUAGAGGGUGUUACAGGUGGUGAACCUCAAGUAGUGGCUACAGCUCCGAAUGGUAAAAGUUUGCCAACAAAAUUGAUUAUCAACGGAGAUACAUACAUAGCAAGAUUUGUUCCCGAAUCGGUUGGUCGUCAUUCUAUUGCGAUUUUGAUCAACGAUCAACACGUGAUUGGAUCUCCUUUCAGUUGUAACGUUUACGACGUUAACAAAGUAAUAGUCACAGGAUUACCUGGAAGAAAGACUGAUUUAACCAGAUCAAUCAACGAAUUGAGUUUAAAGGAAAUGGAAAGUUCGGCUGAAGUUGGUAAACCUGUCACUUUCAGCGUAGACGCUGCUCAAGCCGGCGAAGGAACAUUGGAACUUGUGGUUUCUACACAACAAACCACAAUUAAAGCGGAAGUAGUUGCUUGCGCUAGGGGUUUAUAUGACGUUACUUUUGUCCCCUUGACAGCAGAAGAUCAUUACGUAAACAUCACUUUCAAUGAUAUGACUGUAGUCGGUAGUCCGUUCCAUUGUAGUGUUAUUGAAUCAACGCAGUAUUGCCAAAUCGGAUCUACAGCUUACAUCGACUUACCGAGCGAGAAUCACAAGAUAGAAAUUAACGAUCCCAAUAAUCAUCACGUGAAAUAUGUUUUUAAUAAUUAUAAGGGGGAGUUUGAUUUAACGCAAACAGGUACAUAUAGAGUAAAUAUUUUACGAGAUAAUGAAAUAGUAGCAACAAGAACAUUCCACGUAUUCGAUACGACUAAAAUUGAUGUUAUAAAUGCGCCUGAAGCAACGUGCCAUCGUCCAUCUGCCAUUGGAAUAAAUUUGACUAGAGUUGGACCUGGUAAACUGACUGCUACUGUUAAGGUCGGUAAUCGAGAUGUCUCACAUAGCGUAAGACAAAGUCCUACAAAUCCCAACAUGUGGGAAGUAGUUUUCCAUCCCGUACAAGCUGCGCCGCAUCGUAUCAUUUUAUUUUACAACGGAGUUCCGAAAUUCGGAGCCUUAGAAAUACCCGUAAAAGGACCAGGAAGUGAACCUUGGGCAGGAGGACUUGGUCUGUAUCAAGCUAAAGUGGGCAAGGUGAACUCUUUUCAAAUUGAAACUCAAGGUAGAUCAGCUAGAGAAUUCGAUGUCGUCGUAAGCGGUCCGACGGGAUCGGCAGUACCGGUGAGAUGCUAUCAAACAAAAACUGGUAAACUUCAAGCAGAAUUCACCGCUCGUGAAAUUGGUCCACAUAAAGUCGAGGUUUUGCAUCAAGGAAAACAUCUUGUUGGUAGUCCAUUCACUUGUCAAGCCUUCGAUGCCGAUAAUGUCAGAAUCACUGACGUUCCUACGUCGCAAGGAAACGUUGGAGAGAAAGUAUAUUUCAAUGUUUCUACCAAAAAUUCCGGUGUCGCUGAGUUGGAAGUUCAAGUGACUAAUCCAAUGAAUCAAACGUUAUCUGUGGAAAAAAUCGAAAUUGAUGAAAACACUGUACAGGUAAUGUUUCUGCCUACAUUAGCAGGUCUGUAUCAAGUGUCCGUAACGUAUGGAGGUGUUAUACUCAAAGGAUCUCCUUUAGCGCUAGGAGUAGGUCCCGUUGGACCGACACCACCGCCUAGAGCAGUAGGAAAAGGAUUAGAAAUCGGUAGAGUUGGUGAACGUUGUAGUUUUACUGUUAGCAGCGUUUUACAACCGAAAGUAUCCGUAGAAGCUGUAGAAGGAAAUAUUGAUGCGCAAAUACAAACUCACAAACCGGGAGAACAUCAAGUUCAUUAUGUACCUAAAUGGGUUGGAACUUAUGAUAUUGUUAUCAGUAUUGGACCCAACGAUCUUCCUGGUUCUCCUUUUAGACCGAAUAUAGUUGAUCCAUCAGCUGUGAGAUUGAUAGGAGGUUGGAAUCAAUACUUAGAUGAUUCUGGACGUAUUAAACUCCCAGCAAAAUUAGCUUUCGAUACUUCUAGUGCAGGCCCCGGGAAUUUAGAAUGUAAAAUUGCUGGGAGAAAAAUCAAUCCAGAAAAAUCGAACUCCAGGAUACGGUUCGAUUUAUCUGGUGAAGGACUUAGUCCCGGUGAACACGAAUUUGACAUUAGAUUCGGCAGUUUUCCUUUAUUAGAUGCACCGACUAGUAUUGUUUGUCUUGGGGAUCAGGUGGUUUUGACGGGAAGAGGAUUAGCACAUGCACAGUGUGGGGAACCUGCAGUGUUAACAAUUGAUGGAUCUAAAGCUAGUAUAGGAAACCCAGAAGUAACUCUCCACGCAGCUGAUAGCAAUAUACCUGUACCAGUUAUGAUCAGUUUAGCAGGAGACAAGAUUUGGAAGGCAGCCUAUACCGUUAACGUUCCUGGAAAUUACUUAUUAUCCGUUCUUUGGGCUGGGAGACCCGUAAAAGGUUGUCCUCUGGUAGUAGAGGCUAAAGGAGGAGCGGACGCCUCUAAGGUACUUUGUUCCGGAGAAGGUCUUCGACAGGGUGUGGUAGGUCGUGAAAUUAGAUCUUGGAUAGACACAAGAAGAGCAGGUCCUGGAGAGUUAACAGCUCAUUGUACGGGACCUCGAAAAGUAGCCUAUUGUGAAUUGUACGAUCACGGAGAUGCAACUUUUACAUUGAACGUUAAGCCACAAGAAGCUGGUAAACAUGCUCUAACAAUCAAAUAUGCAGGGCAGCACGUUCCGGGAUCACCUUUCACGUUAAGAGUUGCGGGAGCACCAGAUCCCACAAAAGUACGAGUGUAUGGACCUGGUAUAGAACACGGUGUACUGGCGACCUUCCAAUCCAGGUUCAUCUGUGAUACUAGAGGCGCAGGAGCAGGUCAGCUAACAGUAAGAGUUAGAGGUCCGAAAGGGGCUUUCAGAGUAGAAAUGCAAAGGGAGAGUCAAAAGGAUAGGACAAUAUUGUGCAAAUAUGAUCCAACCGAACCAGGAGAUUACAGAGUUGAAGUGAAAUGGGCAGGGGAAUUAGUACCAGGUUCACCGUUUCAUGUCAUGAUUUUCGAUACGCAAGAAGAACUGAGACGAUAUAUUAGUACAUUAUGAGAUUUAUAAAAUGAUGCAUCGAUAUUUCUUUGAAAUUUACUAUUUAUUAUACUUAAUUCCGAUCAGUAUGAUGGCAGAAACUUAAAUGAUUCUCUAUUUUAUACAAGAUCAUUUGUCAAUAGUACAAAACAGAAAUAUAAAAACAUUUGUUGCAUAAGCGAAAUAAGUGUUGAAAUUAAUCGGCAAGAAUUGAUUUGGAUACUUUAGUAUGAAAAGUAUAAAUAAAUGAAUUGAUGUGGAAGAUAUAUAAGUCAAAAAAUCCUAUACAUCUCCAAUUAUUGUAUCAUCACGUGGUUCAGAGACUAUUAGCAGUAAUCAAGAAAAUAUGUCAACGAUACGACCCAUAGUCAGUUAUUUGUUCAUUUUUGCGAAAGUAAAAUAUUUAGUCUAAGUAUUUACUAAUAUCUACUGAUGAUUUUUGAAAUUAUAUAUUUACUCGAUUUUAAUAAACUGUUACAAAAAAUAAA